AUGGAAAAUAAGAAUCAGACAGCAGUGACUGAAUUUCUUCUCUUGGGCCUCACAGAUCAUCUCUAUCAGCAGAUUGCCCUAUUUGUCAUUCUUCUUUUUGUCUAUCUUGUCACACUAGGGAGUAACUUGGGGAUGAUCACUCUCAUAGGGAUUGAUCCCAGACUCCACACUCCUAUGUACUUUUUUCUUAGCCACUUGUCCUUUGUAGACUUGUGUUCCUCUUCUUCUGUUGCCCCCAAGAUGCUGUGUGAUAUCUUUGUGGAGAGAAAGGGCAUCUCUUUCAUGGGUUGUGCUGCACAGAUGUGGUUCCUUGGUUUUUUUGUGGCAAGUGAAUGUUUCCUGCUGGCUUCCAUGGCCUAUGAUCGGUAUGCGGCCAUCUGCAAGCCCUUGUUGUACACACUCAUUAUGUCCCAGAGGGUCUGUGUGCAGCUGGGUAUAGGCCCUUAUGCUGUGGCUCUUGUAAGUUCUAUGACCCACACCACACUGACAUUUCGCUUACCCUUCUAUGGUCCAAAUGUUAUCAAUCACUUUUUCUGUGACAUUUCACCACUGCUUUCCCUAGCAUGCACAAACACCUCAGUGAUUAAAUGUAUACUUUUCACCUUGGCUGGAGCGAUAGGCGUACUCAGUGGCCUGAUCAUCAUGAUCUCCUAUGUUUGCAUCCUGGUGGCCAUCCUGAGGAUCCAGACUGCCAAUGGGAGGAGGAAAGCUUUCUCUACUUGUUCUUCUCACCUGGUAGUUGUCUCCAUCCUGUAUGGAACGCUUUUCUUCAUUUAUGUUCGACCUAGCUCAAGUUCCUCCCUAGAUAUCUGUAAAGUGAUUUCCCUCUUUUACAUGGUGUUAACUCCCAUGUUGAACCCUCUUAUCUACAGCUUGAGGAACAAAGAAGUGAAGAAUUCAUUCAGCAGGCGGUUUGAAAGGAAAACUAUUUUUAAAGGUGGAUAA